AUGUACUUGACAGCACCAAUGUAUUCUCCAAGCGCUACUUCCACAAUGAACAUUCAGAAAGUUGUCUCCCAACUGAAUGUUAAUGAACAGAACAACAUCUUACUGCCAUCCCUGGCUACUUGUGGUACUCAUCUCAAGUCAAACACUGAUGAUGACAUGAAACUGCUUCUAAACAAGUUCGCAUUCCACAACAGUAACUACUUCCUGCAGCCCACGAUCCACACUUCUAACUCCAGCUCUGCAUCAAGUACAGCGGUUUCUUCACCAGUGGUAGCACCAAUGUUGCAAAACAGUUUGCCCUCACCCUCCCUCUCCCCACAACAGUUUAAACUAGACAGUGAAUCUCCAAAUAACAUCGUCCCACCAAAAAUUGUGGUAGAAGAAGCAGAUCAAAUUCAAGAGUCACCUAAACCUAAACGAGUGAAAAGACGUACGAAGAGUGCCUCUUCUAUGAAGAAGGCGCCAAUAAAAGUAGUGUUUGACUCAUCGAAUAGUCAUAAUAUGUCUACUGAAGCUAUUGUCAACGGCGUACCUUCGCCAGCAACCUCGCCGAAGCCCAAGAGAAAGAACAGCACAGGAACAAUGUCUCGCUCUCCAUUCAAAACUUUCAACGGAUGCUUGAAUGUCAAUGGCAAACAGGACAAGAAAGUCCUACUGGGCCACAUCAGCAAACCGAGCAACAAAGUUUACUCAAAUAGAUCAUCUGUUAUCAAGUUAAAGGAUAACACUCAAAAGAUAGAACAAAGGCGUAAGCAUAUAUGCCAGAUAUGCUUGACUGGGUUUACUACCUCGGGUCACCUCUCGAGGCACGCCAAGAUCCACACUGGUGAAAAAUCACACGUAUGCCCUCAUGAGGGUUGUAACCAAAGCUUCAGCAGACACGACAAUUGUCUACAACAUUAUAGAACUCAUAGCAAGAAGAAGGAGCAAUCACAAUCUCCAUAA